UGCAAAAAUCCUUCUAAUAUCAUCAUAUUCCAGCAAAAGCUCUCUCUAAUUCCGAAGUUUCAUAACAUGGAAUUGCUUCAUCUUCUACUCAUCUCUGCUUCUUGUAUCUUGGUUGGAGUUGUAGGAAACCAUGCUGCUCCUCCUCUUCCUUCUGAAAUCUACUGGAAAAACAAAUUGCCAAACACUCCUAUGCCGACUAUGCUUCAUGAUCUCUUGCGUCCUGCUGCAGAUCAAGAAGGAAAGGCAUCGACUGAUGGAGCAAAAAGCCGCAACAUCUACACCCCAACGCACACAAACACUAUUUUUGAACAGGCAAACUUCCAAGUAUACACAAAAAAGCAGCCUUCGCAACUGUUAAACCUAAGCCAGCCUUUGCAACAGUUCGCGCUCAGCAAGUACUCCCCGAGUCUAGGCAAAAGCACCAUCCCCAAAGACAAUGCUGCGAUAAAUAGACAACUCAUGGAUAGUCCAGGCGCGUCUCUCUUCUUCUUAGAAAGGGAUUUAUAUCCAGGAGCAAAAAUGAACUUGCACUUUGUUGUAGGCACUCCUAGUGGAACUACGUUCUUACCUAAAAGCCUAGCUGAGGUGACCCCAUUCUCCUCCGGUAAGUUGCCAGAAAUCUUCAACCAGUUUGCUAUCAGCCAGAAAUCAGAAGAAGCUAAGCUUAUCAGUCAAAUUAUCAUGGACUGUGAACAACCAGCUAUAGAAAACGAAGAGAAGUACUGUGCAACUUCAUUGGAAUCACUUGUUGAUUACGGUACUUCCAAAUUGGGUAAAAACGUUAAUGUAUUGACUACAGUAAUUCUUGGUGACAAAGGGAAGAGAACAAGAACGAGGAAACAACCAUAUGUAGUAAGCUCAGGAGUAAGAGAAAUUGUUAGUGAUAACCUUGUUCCAUGUCAUAGCCUUCCUUAUCUCUACGCAGUUUUCUAUUGUCAUGAAACUUCAGCACAUACAGCACAAGCUUAUGUGGUUCCUUUGGUUGGUGCGGAUGGAAUGAAAAUCAGAGCCACGGCCGUUUGCCACCAAGACACCUCGAAAUGGGACCCUGACCAUGUAGCUUUCCAAGUCUUCAAGGUUAAGCCGGGAACUGUCCCCAUCUGUCACUUCCUUACAGAGGACAGUAUUGUAUGGGUUGCUAAGAACAAAGACAUUUGAGUAUGAGUAAUGCAUUAUGUGCUCAAUAAAAUCUUGUACCCCGUGAAAAAUGUUUGAUAAUGAAGAAUUGGCGAAUGGCGAAGUUUCAGCUAAUCUUAGCUUACAAAGAGAUGCUACAACCAGAGAACUUCAACUACCAAACACUCUUGUUGCACCAUAAGGUCCCAAAGAGUAGAUAUUUCAUGUUCUCGUUUCC